GGCCGGCCGCCGCCCGGACAGGGCGCCGCCUCAGCUAGCUCCAGCCGUCUGCCCCUCUGGCCGUCGGGGACGGUGGCCUCGUGCGUACGCCGCUGACUUGAUCCACCGACCUGACCGGGCGCAGCGGCACCGGCCGCGGCUCGCCACGCGGAGAGGAGGUACCGUCGGACCGAGCCGGCCGCUAUGAGCGCCUUCUAUGAGCUGUCGGCACCGCCCGGCGACCCGCCAGCCUGGCCGGACGCCGCCAAUGGCUCGUGCGCGGGCGGCGAGUGCGCCCUGCUGGCCGAGCUGGGGCCGCCGCCGGACAUGAUCCUGACGCUGCCGCCGCCGCCGCUGCCCGCCUUCCUGGCCGAGUCGGCGCCGGCGCUGAUGAACCAGAGCUGCGGCCUCUGCCAGUGGGCCGGUGGCGGCGCCGUCGACUUCGUUGAGAUGCCUCGGCCUGGUCCUGCCAUCGACGACACGUGGUUCUUCGUCAUCAUCUGUGCCUGCGUCGGGCUCACCCUCUUCGGAAUACUUCUCACCAUUUUCUGCCUCCGCCUUAAAGAGCAGAAGAAGUCACGGCUGGGACUGGACGCGGCGGACAAGACCAAACCGCCGCUGGGGCCGGCGCGCUGCGAGGCCGUGCUGUACCCGUCGGCGGUGGCGGCGCCCGGCGGCCCGAGCUGUCGCGCCAGCCGCGCGCUCUGGGCCGGCCUACGCACGCAUGAGAACCACUACACCAUCGAGCACGCGCAGCCCGUGCAGCAGAAGGCCGGCAGCAUCACCGCAUCCAGCUUCGAGUUCCCCGACGACUACAGCUCGGUUGGCUACACGACCAUCUCGCCGCAGGCGUACCGCGCCGGGAUCCCCGAGGGCGUGCACAUCCUGCCGGCGCACGACAACUCGGCCUACGCCGCCGCCGCCGACGAGGCCGUGCAGGUGACGCGCGUGGCUCCCGACGGCUGCGUGGUGACGGCGUCGCCGCGGCCGCCUCGAGCCACCUUGAAGUACCACUACAAGCUCUUAGAUAUGGUCGGUUUGAGCGGGGUGUGCCAUCCUGACCUGGUCUGGUGCGAAGACCAGACCUCCGGUUUCAAGGGCCAGUAG